CAGUAAGUUUGGUACCCCAGAUAUCAAACCCAUUAUGUCUCGUGAUCGCUUUUACGAAAUAAAGCGGUACCUCCGCUUUGACAACAAGGACACCCGCAGGGAACGCAUACAAAAUGACAAAUUUGCUGCAAUUUCAGAAAUCUGGCAGAAGUUCGUUCAGAACUGUAUAUCAUCCUACAGUCCAGGACAGCAUGUCACUGUGGAUGAGCAGUUGUUUCCGUCAAAGGUUCGCUGCCCCUUUCUGCAAUACAUGGCAUCCAAGCCCGACAAGCUUGGAAUCAAAUUUUGGAUUGCGGCAGAUCUGGACACUAAAUACAUGUGUAACGCCAUCCCCUACUUGGGAAAAGAUCCCACUCGUCCAACGGGAGAGAGGCUGUCAGAGAAUGUUGUUCUGAAAUUGAUGGAACCAUUCCUGGACCAGGGAAGGACUGUAACUGUGGACAACUUUGUCACCUCUCUGUCUUUGGCGAACAGGCUUCUUCAGCGCAAUACGACUCUGCUUGGCAGCAUCAACAAAAAUCCUCGGGAGCUACCAGCAACUGCAAAGGAAACCUCGGGGCGCCAGUUACACUCCACACAGGUGUUCACAUCUGGAAGAGCUUUGCUGACUGUGUAUGCGUCCAAAAAGAAAAAAAAAGUUUGUCUUUUGAGCACCAUGCAUCAAAAAGUUGAAAUUGUGGAUGCCCGAAAACAAAAACCAAACACAGUUGAUGAUUACAAUAAUCUCAAAUGCGGUGUCGACAUCAUGGACCACAAAUUGCGCAAUUACUCUGUGCGUGCAGGUACAAGGAGAUGGCCGAUGGCUCUGUUUUAUAAUCUCCUUGACAUGGCUGCCACAAACGUACAUGUUUUGUACACAGCAUGUACAGGGUCAAAAGAAAGUCGCUGA